AUGUUCGGCCGUACAGCAAUACUUCCAUCCGCAGCUGAUUUACACUUACCAGCAAUGAAAACACACACAACCGAAACUUGGAUCGCAUAUCUCAAUCAUUAUCUUCCAAUCCUGCACAAGAAAGUACACAACAAUAUCCAAAAAGCCCAAGAACGGCAGAAACGUUACUAUGAUCGC